CAGUGAUAGGUGGCACUGAUUGGCAGCACUGACUGGCAUUGAUAGGUGGUACUGACUGGCACCGAUGGGUGACACUGAAAGGCAGCUCAGAUGGGCACUGAUAUGUGGCAUUGAUGUGGCACUGGUAGGUGGCAUGGAUGAGCACUGACAGUUUGCAUUGAUGGACACUGACAGGUGGCACUGGUGGGGCUACACAGAUCAUCAGGGCACACUGAUCAUCAGUUCCCUGAUGAUCACUGUUAGCGUGACAGCGCGUGAGGAGAGAUAUGCCGAUAACUGGCAUUUCCCUAUUUACAUGUGAUCAGGUGUGAUUGGACACAG